GAGACUAAUGAUGUUCAGAUCACAUGAUGUUAAACCUGUAGUCGCUUGUGGCCUGCAGUUCAUGUUAUAAAAGUUUAAUUAGCUGUAGCCUCUUUGUUUAUCUCUGGUUAAACACAGAACAUUCUAGGACUUUAAAUAAGGUUAAGCUUAUUUACGAUUUUUUCUUAUCAUGCCCACUUACACUUCAACAGUACCAGAAAUUUUCACAAAUCCGCCAGAAAAGUCAAUCUCCCAAGAAAAGAAGUCUGGACAGCUUACUGACGAGCAAGUCAAACAGUACUUCGAUCAGGGAUUCCUCUUGGUACCAAACUUCUUUGAAAGGAGUGAAUUGGAGCCUGUUAUUGCAGCUAUAUGUGAACUGGUGGACCAACUAGCAGAGAAGCUCUAUAAUGCUAGAAAAAUUAAGGAUAAAUAUGCAGAUGCUUCAUUUUACACAAGAUUGACAUUGAUUGAGAAAGAGUUCCCAGGAGCUGCAGUUCUGCUACACAAACAUGGAGUCAUGUCAAAGGCUUUUCAAGACCUGUGGACAAAUGAGCGACUUUUGAAUGUCAUAGAGCAAUUUAUUGGACCUGAAAUAGCUGGUCACCCUGUGUGGAACUUGAGAACAAAGACUCCGAAAAAUUCUCAAGUAACCGUUCCAUGGCAUCAAGAUUCUGCUUAUCUUUCAUCAGCCGCCUGUGAAGUUCUUCAACCCACGGCAUGGAUUCCACUGAUAGAUGCAAACAAAAUAAAUGGAUGCAUGCAGGUAGCACGUGGAGGUCACAGAAAAGGUAUCCUAGCAACGCACACUUGUUGUGCUGGAGGUACUUGGUACGUGGACCUAGCUGAAGAAGAGAUGAAAAAGACCUUGGAUGUCGACUUUGAAAAAGACAUCGUUCUUUGUGAAGUUCCAUUUGGAGGGGUUUUGUUUAUCAACAACCUGGUUCCUCAUAGAAGUUUGGAGAACUUUUCGGACAAGAUUCGAUGGAGCAUGGAUCUGAGGUGGCAAAGACCGGAUAAACCUAACGGGUUUUAUGGCUUGAAGGAAAGCAUCAUACUGCGUACUUCAAAGGACCCGACUUAUGCAGUGGACUGGGCUGAAUUUGCAUCACGUGACAGACAUAAAUUACAACAAUCUCAUGAAGACGUGCAAUCCAAACUGGAUAAGGAGGAAAUCGCACUGGACCAAGAUCCUGAAUUCGACACCACCAUAGCGGGUCCAUGGAUGGGCCAGUGGGAAAUAAUUCAUCACAACAAGCAUACAGCCCAGUACAAGGACCCAGGAGAUGGAGAAACGUGGACCAAUUAUCACUCGAAAUGGACCAAAGCAUAACUUGACCGGAAAUGAGCUGAAUUAAUUGUAGCUACGACGCGUUCAUAAUUGGCUUACUGCUUGUUAUUGUUAAAGAACAGUCUUUCUCAAACUUAUAAUUCAUCAAGUUUGAACAAAGGAAAUCGCGACCGUGACGGUGUUUGGGUUUCUGAUCUUAAUAGACACUGUUAAGGUGGCUGAACACAGUUUUUGAUACCUGUGUUUCAUUCACCUUUUUCUCUAAAACCCUUGAUCCCUCGGU